GCUAAAUAAUUUGUUGCAUGAUUCCUCUCCCGGUUGAUAUGAAGGAAAAUAGUACUUUGAAACUUCCCCAUUAUGCUCCUAAUCUAACCAAUAAUAUCCCUUCCCAAUAUGUGCCAACAGCUAGCAUUGACCACCUGCAAUUAGUCACACGAGCACUCCACACGCUUGAUAUUGAGCUCCAAAUCCAAUGCAUGCUUGAGACCCAAUUUAACUGCUUUGAGUUUUGCUAUAAAAGCGUUGUCUGGUCCAGCACAGCACUCAUGGAUAUCCCAGAUAUCCAAUCCCCAACACCAUUUUGAUAGACCACCGCGGAACCUAUCUGGUUCAUAUGAGGAUUCCAGUUGUCGUCAGUAUGCAUGCGCACAACAUCGCCGGUGAGAGCAUCUGAAUUAGAGGGCAAUACCGGUAAGACUAAAGUUGGAGUAUAACGACCGUUCGGAGCAUGAAUCCAACGCAGCGGAGUUCAACGAUGGCACUUGAACAACGAUUAUCUCCUCAACUAUUUGUUGCCGCAGAAUUGUGUGCAAACAACACAUAUCCACUUGCCAUCCCUCCCUAAAAAAAAAGCCCACCUCCGAUCCAAUCUCUCUCACCCUUCACCGGCCACCGACAAACCAGCCAAUCACAUCAACCCACGUGUCGCCACAGAAUUGGUUAAUCCAUUCUGAAACCGUGCUCCUUCCACCAGGAUAUAUAUAUAAACCUCCCCACACAUGUUGACCCUAACCCACGUGACUUUGACCCAUCCCUGAUCCGUUGGAAGCGCUUCUUCUUCUCCUUCUCUUCUCUUCUCUUCUCUCUCAAUCCAACCCUCAUUGCAUUCCUCCAUUUUCGCUCUCUCUCUCUCUGCAAACCCUAGAAACACCGAAUGUGCAAUCGCAAUCCAUUGCAGGCGUAACCAGUAACGAAAUCGCGCGCCGCCGCUGACAAUUUCCUUCAAAUUUCAUCCACAAUUCCAAUGGCGAAUGAAGCAUCGAUUGCUUUCGUGAUCGCGCGUGAUUGAGGAACCUGGGUUAGGCUGUUGCUUUGGUGGUGGCAUUAUUAUGUCUGGUUUGGUUGCGCGUACGGGUAGGCAUCAGCAGCGGUACGAGAACGGUUAUCGCCUUGUUGCCGGGUGUGUUCCAUUUAGAUAUAAAAGUUCUGAUGAUUGUGCGGACUCUAGUUCUGAGAAGAUUGUUGAAGUGCUUAUGAUUAAUUCACCUAGUGGACCAGGUCUUUUGUUUCCGAAGGGAGGUUGGGAGAAUGAUGAAACUGUUGAGGAGGCAGCUGUACGAGAAGCUAUAGAAGAAGCUGGAGUUCGAGGAGACCUACUGAAUUUUCUUGGGUACUAUGAGUUUCGGAGUAAAACCCACCAAGAUGAGUUCAGUCCAGAAGGGUUAUGUAAAGCAGCAAUGUUCGCCUUGUAUGUGAAGGAGGAACUUGACUUAUGGCCUGAGCAAAGUACCAGAAAUAGGCGUUGGCUGGCUGUAUCGGAGGCACUUGAAAGCCUCCGGCAUGCAUGGAUGAGGGAUGCACUGGAAUGCUUCUGUAAAUGGCACGAAGAUAAGCUGGGGGGAGUGGAACAAGAGGAGGAUUUACCUGAUCUAGACUGAUUUGCUGACUAUUCAUUUAUAGGGGAUAAUUGUAUCUUUUAUAAAAAUGUUACUAUUGGGGUAGUUACUUUAGCAAAGAUAACUCUGAUCAGAAUUGCAUAGAUAUUGUUUUAAGUUUAUGGAUUGAUCUCUGGUUCUUUUAAUUCAGAGAUUCAUAACUUUUGAGUUUAGUCGAGAUGCGGAUCAACAUCCUCUUAUAUGAAACUGAAAACUUACAUGGUAUUAUCAUGUGGAAAUUUUCUAUCUCUAUAAUUAUAUAUAUUAAAUAGGUAGGUGGGAUCUUCUGAAUUUAUGUAUGAAGAGAGAAAUUGACACAAUGUUUAACUUUGACAUUUACUUGUAACAUGAGAUGAUGAUCUCUCGUGCUUUUUCUUUUAA